CCGAAUCGGUUGGCGAGAGAGACGGAUGUGCAGAUUUUUCGCUCAUGGAUUCCUUCAGAAGUGAACAUUGAGGAUUAUACGAAGGAAAAAGGAGAAAAAGGUGUGUUUUUUGGAGGAAAAAAAAAUAGCUGGAGUCCUCAGGUAUAGGAAAAUUUAGAAGAAGUAAAGAAUUUGGGUGGGAGAUGUGCUGUUCUAGUCGGUUGUGAGGGCCCCAUGCUGUGUUAUGCCGCGCGGGAUGGAUGGCUGGAGAACCAACCCCCGAGUACAGCCACUUGUGCCCAAGAAGCAGCUCUUCUCGCCCUCCAUGUAUCUCAGACAAGUGCCUCCUCGAAGGUUGCUUUCCAAGUUAUUCCAGUUCCUGCUCUUAGUCGUGUUGAUGAUCACGGUGGUCAUCAACAUUCUUUUCAUUCUGGACACCAGUCGAAAACUCCAAGAAGAGAUCCCUUCUCUAGACGAUCCCGAUGGGCUCGACGGCGGCGAAAAGCGCCACAACAGCUUCCGCCUGCAGGAGAGUCUUCCCAAAACCUUGACUGUAGAAGUGCUUUCAAGUCAAUCAAAAGUUUCCGUUUCAGUCGAUGGCACUACUAUUUUGGAAGAUGCAGAAGAUAAUAAAGGCAGAGGAAUACACGUACUAGUCUUAAAUCAAGCUACAGGUAGUGUGAUGGCACAGCGUAUGUUUGAUACUUAUUCACCACAUGAAGAUGAAGCUAUGUCAUUGUUCCUCAACAUGGUCUCAGAUGGAAGGAUUCUCAUUUUUACCAUUAAAGAUGAAGGAACGUUCCAAAUGAAACAACCUGCUAGGGAAUUACUGAAACGACUAGGAAGCAAAAAAGCUCAAGUGAUUGGAUGGCGAGAUAUGUGGGCUAUGGCUACUCAGAAAGGAGGUAAAUUGUAUGGUGAAAAUUACAGCAAGAGCCCAGAAUUCAACAGUUGGGGAGCUCCUGUUUUGUUGAGAGUGGAAGUACCACUUGUUCCUGUUGAAGAGAGUGAAUGCGAUUGGGCAGACAAUGAAGAAAACAAUCGGCGCAGAGGUUUCUGCAACCAUAUAGAGGGAUAUGGGAGCGUCUGUAGUUGUGUGGAUCCUGCCCCUUUGGCAUUUGCUCCCAAGGAAAUUGAAAACAAUCGAGUAAGAGAUGUUCCAGUUGCCAUUAUUGCUAGUAAUAGACCACAUUAUUUGUACAGAAUGUUGCGAUCACUACUAUCUGCUCAUGGUUGCAAUCCAGAGAUGAUAACUGUAUUUAUAGACGGAUAUUUUGAGGAACCAUUGGAAGUGACCAAAUUAUUUGGAUUAAGAGGAAUACAGGUAAUAAAGACACAUACUCCUAUUGGUACUAAAAAUGCCAGGAUCUCCCAACAUUACAAAGCUAGUCUAACAGCCACCUUCAAUUUGUUUUCAGAAGCAAAAUAUGCUAUUAUCAUUGAAGAAGAUUUAGAUGUGUCUCCUGAUUUCUUUAGUUAUUUUAGCCAAACUCUUCGCCUCCUAGAAGAAGAUGAAUCUAUUUAUUGCAUAUCGGCAUGGAAUGAUCAAGGCUAUGAACACACAAGUGAGGAUUCUGGUCUUCUAUAUCGAGUAGAAACGAUGCCAGGUCUUGGUUGGAUCCUGAAGAGAAGUCUUUAUAAAGAGGAACUAGAACCAAGAUGGCCCACUCCUGAGAAACUGUGGGAUUGGGAUAUGUGGAUGCGGUUACCAGAUGUACGCAAGGGUCGUGAAUGCAUAGUGCCAGAUGUCUCCAGGACUUACCACUUUGGUUCCUCUGGCUUAAACAUGAAUUCCUUCUUUCAAGAUAUUUACUUCAAGAAACAUGCCUUUAAUACACAACCACAUGUAGAACUCAAGGAUCUUGACAGUGUUAAAAAAGAUAACUAUGAAGAAGUUAUCCAUGAUCUGUUAAGAAAAGCUGUUGUGCUAGAUCAUAGCAAAUCACCUUGUGAAGAGAAUUUCAUUCCUGACACAAAAGGUGAAGUGUAUGUGAUGUUCAUCAAGAUGAAUGGCCCUAGGGAUUUCACUACAUGGCUUCAGAUUGCAAAGUGUUUCAAAAUCUGGGAUUUAGAUGCCAGAGGUUAUCACAAAAGUAUGUGGAGGCUCUUCAUGAAAGGAAACCACCUGUUAGUUGUUGGUGUGCCAAAUUCUUCAUAUUCGUCUUUCAAACCAGCUCGUGUGACACCCAUCUACUUAGAGGACCAAAAAAUUGACAAGGACAGGCUUCGGUAGUGCCAUAAGAUUUCUCACUUUGAACAUUCCGAAUGCUUUCCUUCCAUUAACUGAGUGAACUCAACAAUCCGUCGAACUUUCUGGUGGAUAUGUUUUGUAUAUAAGCAACUUUGCUGGGCACAGUUGCCAGCGGUCCACAUGUGCUUUCACAAAUGGAAGAAUGAGAUUAUUCUUUUAUUUACAAACUGCAUUUAACUAUCGUCUAUGUUUAUUGAUUUGUUUCUUCAACAAAGCAAUGCAAGUUAGUCUGUUUUAAUAAGUGAUAAUUAGACAUGUAGCCUUGCAUUGUUUUUUUCUGGACCUUGCUUGACUAUGAAUUGAGUAAUUUUACUGUAAGUAAAUUACAUUAAAGGAAAUGUUAUAUCUGUACAGCUCUGAUAUUUUAUAUGAAAAAGCAAUUUGUUGAAAUGCAAAUGAUGCCAGUAAUAAUCUUAAUUCCCAAUCAAUGUGCAAUUUGAAAUUCUGAGUUAUUCUAUUUUUUAAAAUGAAUGAUUGGCUCUUCAUCUGUAAGUGCAGAUGAAGGGAUUUUUUUUUUUUUAAUAAUUUGUGUAUUAAAAUCAACAUUAAAUUUAGAAUUACUUGUUUUCUACAUUGGAAAAUUCUCUAAUGUUUACGACAAAUCCCUCAUUGCAUGAUUUCCAUUCUGAAGUGCUUUAGAAUGGCUUAUGUAAUUAAUGUUUUUUUCAUUUUGAUUUUUAAAGUUUAUCAACAGAUGAUGUGAUAUAUAAUCACUACAUUUUUUUUAAGGAGAUUAUAUAUUUAUAAGCAAGAGUGAGAACUUGCUAUUUAAUGCUUUUUUUUUCAGUUACUAAAGUGUUCAUCAGUGUUGUGUAUUGUAAAUAUUUUCUUUUUUGUAUUAAGUGUACAUAUUAUGCUCACUUUGCAGUGUAAACUAGAAUGGGAAAAAAAAAGUGUAUAAAUAACGCUAAAUAAAAAUGUUACUGUCUAGAAAAUAAUAUAUAACUUGGGUGCAAAAAAAAAUGUAGAUAGUCAUCAUGUUGUGUAUAAUAAAGUGUACUUUUUUUUAUA